AUGUCUGUCCUUCAAUCCAGCGAGGAUCGGUUGAAAGCGAGGAAACCGUUGCCCACUCCACAGCCAGCCUAUCUACCUACUGCGGGUUCACCCUUGACAGUCACCCAAGAAUUGUACCAGUCUAUUCAGCAAGGUCCCAGGGAACUUGUUGAGUCAUUUGUCUUGCCUAUCCGUUCGGGUCGUGCUUGGAAGGCCCCAGCUAAGAGUAUUAUCAGAAUUAGCACACCCGAGGGGCCUCAGGUUGGCGAUUUGAAUAUUUGGAACGCGAAUAACCCUCGGGAGAGGUUCUGGGCCUCUCGAACAAAACAGCUCCACUCAUCACACGUUACAACAUAUGAUCGCCUCUGGUCCUGCCUACCGUAUAUGCGUCCAUUGUGCACCAUCGUCGCCGAUUCCCUCUCAUGGUAUGGAGUGGAUGAGACGGGAGGUAGAGUCCACGACCUCCUUGGCACCAGGUGCGACCCUUAUAUCAACACGCUACUGUCGGGACCGGAGGCGUCGUACGACUAUCAUUGUCACUCCAACCUCACCAGAGCCGUCUUGCCUUUCGGUCUCAACGAAUCCGACGUCCACGACGUCAUCAACUUGUUCCAGGUGACGGGCCUGGAUUCACAGGGGAGAUACUUUAUGAAUCCGUGCCCUGCUCAACCGGGUGACUAUAUCGAACUUUUUGCAGAACAGGACCUUCUGAUGGCCCUGUCGACGUGCCCAGGAGGAGAUCUUUCCUUGUGGGGCUUUGGGAGUGAUAGUGAGAAAGAAAUGAUCAAAUGCUGCAGGCCUCUAAAGGUCGAGGUCUUUAAGCUGGUCGAGGAAGGCAAAAUUUUGCCGGGGAGGUGGCAACCGGCUGAACGUCCAGAUUACCGUGGCGUCCAUGGAAUGAUUGUGCCAGAAGGUGAAAAGAGGGCAUAA